CCGCCCCGCCCCGCCCGCGGGGACAUCGCGGUGACAUCAUCACUCCCGAGCUACUCCCGCGCCCGCCCGCCAGCGCCGCCCCAGACCAGGCGCUCCUCCGCGGGCCGGCUGGGUCCACCCGCCGCUGGACAGGGCUCAUCGCUGCCGCCGGAGACAGAGCCCGACGCCGAGGCGCGCCAGGAACGGGAGCAGGCCAGUAGCGGGGAAGGAGGACCCCGGCCGGCGACAGCAUGAAAUUCAGCCCAGUGCACUACUUACUGCCUCUGCUCCCCGCGCUGGUCCUCAGCACCAGACAGGAAUAUGGCAUGCUGGAGAAGCAGCUGAGAGAAGUCUUCAAGGAGAGAAGCACCAUCCUUCGUCAGCUGACAAAGACAUCCAAGGAGCUGGAUGGAAUUAAAGUGAACCUUCAGUCUUUAAAGAAUGAUGAGCAGUCUGCCAAAACUGAUGUCCAGAAACUUCUGGAACUGGGCCAGAAACAAAGAGAAGAAAUGAAGUCUCUCCAGGAGUCCUUGCAAAAUCAGCUUAAAGAGACAUCAGAGAAAGCAGAGAAACAUCAGGCAACUAUUAAUUUUUUAAAAACUGAAAUGGAAAGAAAGACCAAAAUGAUCCGAGACCUUCAGAAUGAGAACAAAAGCUUGAAAAACAAACUCCUUUCAGGAAGCAAGCUUUGCGGGAUUCACGCAGAAGAGUCAAAAAAAAUCCAAGCCCAGCUGAAGGAACUUCGUUAUGGGAAGAAGGAUUUAUUAUUUAAGGCCCAACAGCUUACGGAUCUGGAGCAAAAACUAGCUGUAGCCAAAAAUGAACUAGAGAAAGCCGCUCUCGACAGGGAGUCACAGAUGAAAGCAAUGAAAGAGACUGUGCAACUCUGUCUGACUUCAGUUUUUCGCGACCAACCUCCACCUUUGAGUCUGAUCACCUCCAACCCAUCUCAGCUGUCAGGCCCGCCCAGGGCAGUUGCUGUGAAGAUUCCAGAAGCAAGGACAAAAAGUCAGCCUCAGCAAAGUGUUUCAGGAAACAAGGAGAGCUCUCAAGUGGAGUCAACCAAAGAAGGAAAUCCAACUACCACUGCGUGUGACUCUCAAGAUGAGGGAAAGACCUGUUCAAUGGAAAACAAAGAAAAUUCUGCAAGAAAUGCCACUGCAGAAUCAAAGCCAGUCCCACAGAAAUUGCAAAUGCCUCCUUGUUCUGAAUGUGAGAUGAAGAAAGUCCCAGAAAAACAGUUAACCAGCUUCGAAGGCACAGCUCCCAGAGAAGAAAAAAUACUGUAAACACCACAAAACUGCUUUGCAAACGUCCCUUUGCUGUCAUCUUCAUAUUCUUUUUAGACUACAGGCUUGAGGGAAAUACUGUUUCUAAAGCAUGCAAUUUUUUCACAACUUUACUUAACUUUUGAAGUAGUCCAGAAACUUUCCAAAAGAUCCCAGACCAAUUAUGAUCCUUAAGCAAUAACCUCCAUGAAAUGGAUUUAUGCAGUCAGAAAUAUUUUACCAUCAUCACUAAAUUGCUAAAUAUAAGUUGCUUUAUUUUGGACUAAAAUGCAUUGUAACACUUUCUUCUUCUUGUUCAUUUGGAUGCUAGUAUUUCUAUGACCUAGUUAUUUAGAUCAGCUGAAGGAAAAAUGCUUCCGGUCUUCAGUAUUCUUAAAAUCUAAUUUGUAACCACAUCCUUAAGGUUUGGUGCCAUAUGCAAAUUAGGACUACCAUAUUUCAAAUGUAAAAUUCUGCCUACCUUGCUAUAUUCUUUUCUUAAUGUUGUGUUCAACAUUUUUCUUAUGUUUAACAAUAAUUUACUAAGUUAUGACAGUGCAACUCUGGUAAGUAUUUAAGCAGCUAAUGAAAAUCAUUAAAAAUAUUUGGGGUGAUGCAGACAAACUACCUGGAUAAAUGAUCAAGUUAUGACACAGCUGAAUUUUUCUCUGCUGCAUCCUGUGGUCACAUCUUUUAUGUACUUUACUAUAAUUACUUUAAUUUGGGAAUUGAGUUGUUUGAAAUGCUGAACAUUAGUCUUGGUACAGAAUUGUGUAAUAGAAUAGAAAAAGAUUUGAAAUUACAAAUUUGCAAACUGACCAUACAUAAAUUGAUUUUGCUAAAUGAACCUGGUAGUUAACAAAACUCAUUUGUACCAGUGUCAUCUAGAAGUGAGUAAAUAAAAAUAAGCAAAUGAAAUCUGUACUCAAUAUGUUAAAUUCUGAGUUAGGAUGGCAUACAUUUGAUCCCAGUGAAAUAUGUAACUCAGCCUAAUGCCUGGAGAAUUAGAAAAUUUUGUUAGCAGUAAAAGGAGUAUUGUGUUGUAUUUGCAUAGCAAUUCCACUGACUUAGUUCAAAAUCCUCUAUUAGUGUAUUUUAUAUAACAGUCUAUUCCAGAGAAAAAGAUGUUUUAAUAGCAAACCCUCAUAGAUUUCAGAUGAAAUACAGGUAAUUACGAUAAAAAAAAAAAAAGGUUCAAUUUGAAUUUUCUGCUGAGAAUUCCCCAGUUCUAAAGGACAUAAAACGGUACGAGAUGGAAUGUUUCCAGGCUCUGAAUUCCUGUUUUUCUCCCUCUUCCUAGAAGCCCUGAACAAUCCAGAGAUUCACAAAAGAGAAGCAGACAAUUUGGGUUUAAUUUAGUUUUACUUUCCCGCUGUUGGCCUGGCCCUCACUUUCCUCUUGGCCAACGUGGUUCUUGAGGGCAGUUUAUCUCCAUCUCUCUGCAAGGCAGUGUGACUGGAGGCAUUUCAUAUUGUCAUGAGACAGCACUGAAACUGAGAGGGUGGCUUAGUAUUAGGCAAUUUUAAGAACUUUGGUUUGCAGUUACUUUUUGUGUAGGUCUAAUGAUUUCCUAUCCCACACAGAACAUGAUCAUAUAAUUAACUCACUUUUCUCAGUUUCUGGCAUAAUCAAAUGGGCUCUCAAUCAGCAUAAUUUAUUUUUCCCAUUUAUGAUAUAUAAAUAUAAGGAUUGCCCAGCACAUACUCUGGUAUGUGUAAUGCAUAAUCCCCCCUGCCACAGAGAAACCAGAAAUUGCACACAUUUUUUUUUUUCAUAUUUAAAGACAUAUUCUGUGAGUUCCUUUUAAUACAGAGUGCACAAAAAAAAUGUGUACACACUUCAGGAAAAGAAAAGUUUGUUCAACUAUUUUGAUACUAAAUCUAUUGAGACACCAGGAGAUGAACACAAGUUACCUUUGUCCUCUAAAGUGACAGGCAGUGCUCUUGGUGCUGGCCUCAGCUUCCAGCCAGGUAUUAGUAGGAGUGACCUUGGCUGCUGAGAUUGCCGCACGCGCACUUCCAAUUUCUUCUGUAAGGGCCGCAGUGUGGUGGGUUUUCUGCAGUGAGCAAAGCCCUCCAGGCCUUCCAUGUGACGGUAACACUGCUGAAUAAACACCCUCGUGUUUUUCUUUUCCUUGAACCUUGUAAAUAUUUUUGGCAGACUCUAAUACAGCAUUCUUCUGUGGUAUAAUCUACAUCUGUAUUUAAAUAAAUUCAUUUCCCCCUCAAUACUUCAUUUUAAAAUAGGACCUGAAGUGUUUAAAAGUUUUUUUUUUUUUUUUACAAGCAUGGUAUUUAUUUCAAGACAGGUACCAUUUCUUAUUAUUUCUUUUAACAACUAGGUAUAUAAGUAAAUGUUGUUUUUGAGAAAUUAACACUUAUACCCCAACUAUUCACUUAUGAAACAUAUGAAAAUUAUCAGCCAAACUGUUGAUGACAGGUAGUAUAACUCUAUUAUGUACGUGUAAUGAAUACACCUUACAGGACCAUACACCCUGCAAACUAUGAAUUCUUCUUGAGAAUAUAAAACUGUUCUUUCAACACAGUAAUUUUUUAAAAAUAUAGGUAACAUAAGAAGUAAAAGAAAUAUAAUUUCUUCUGGGUAUUAUUCAAUGAUGAACAAACACUACAUGUUUAUUUCUAUGUUAGAAGUUUAGUUUGAAUCUUGUCUUUUUGUGUGCACAUUAACUGUGUAUAUCGACUCAGUCCCUAAAAUGUGUAAAACCCGAGUGAAUGCUGUCUAUCCAGUGCAAACAUGCUCAAAAGAAAAAUGAAAAUUUUUAGCCGCUCGCCUGGAUGUGGGUUCCUUUGUAAUCUCAAAUAUCUGGCUACUAAAAAUACUAGGUUUCCAAUUUUUUUCCUUUGAUUAAGCAGAUAUUUAACAAUAUAAUGCUCUUUCAGUGACAAAUCUUUUUUGUAAAACAUUCUCAGCUUCAACUUUAGAAAUGGUUAUACAUAGUUGGAGGAGACAUUUACUGCUUUAGAUGGACAAUAGAGAUUGCUGGACUCAAACAAUAUUUGUGAACUUUGCUAUACUGGAAACUUUUAUUUUUAUAGCUCAGGUACAGUAAUUAGCACUAACUACAGCAGAGAUCAGAAUGAUUGUUGACAUCGUAGAAUAGGUCAAACUGGCUGGAUUUAAGAGUAUGGAAAACACAAACUUGUUUAUUUGGGGGACAUUUUCCUACUCGUGUGUACAGUCUUAAUUAAAUCUCCCCAAACUGUGUAUCCAUCUGGAUUGCAUUAUGUAAUUAAUGGACAAGUACUAAAGAAUAAAAUGUGUGGAAAGAUG